AUGCGUCAUUUGCCGACGGGACGACCAAAGAGCCUACCCCGGAUCCAGGCUGAGGUCUGGCCGAGGGAAUCCGCAAAGGAGCGGGACACGAGACUCGAGCGCCAGGCGGCUGUCAAGAAGAUGUUCCUCCGAUGUUGGGAUAGCUAUAAGCGCUUCGCAUGGAGCCACGAUGAGCUUACGCCACUGACCGGUUCGCACCACAACCCUUUUGGCGGAUGGGGAGCGACGCUCGUCGACAGCCUUGACACGCUUCUGAUCAUGGGGUUGAACGACGAGUUUGCCGUGGCCGCUCGGGCUGCCGCCAAGAUUGACUUUUCAAAGACCACGCUAGGCCGAGUCAACGUUUUCGAAACGACAAUUCGAUACCUUGGCGGGUUCCUUGCCGCGUACGAUCUCAGCGGUGACCAGAACAUGCUACGCAAGGCCCGUGAGGUAGGGGACAUGCUAUACGUCGCCUUUGACACGCCAAACCGUAUGCCCAUUGCUCGGUGGGACCCAGAGGCCGCCGUGAAGCUGAGCCCGCAACAGGCACCGGAGCGAACGCUCGUUGCCGAGAUUGGCUCGCUGUGUAUGGAGUUCACACGGCUCUCGCUGAUCACAGGCGAUCCCAAGUGGUUCGAUGCCACGGAACGAAUCCGCGAGGCUCUGGAGGAUCAGCAGGAGAGCACAUUGAUGCCAGGCAUAUGGCCUAUAAGCGUAGACGCGAAGCACCUCGACUUCACCCAGGACUACACGUUCAGCCUCGGAGCGAUGGCCGACUCGGUUUUUGAAUAUCUACCCAAGAUGACGGCACUUCUCGGCGGGCUGGUUCCAUGCUACGAGACGAUGUACAAGAGCGCCAUGAAUGUCGCCCUCAAGCACAUGCUGUUUCGACCAAUGACGCCAGAUAAUGCCGACAUCCGCAUGUCUGGGAUUUUACACAUGGAUGAGGAGAAUGGCGAAAUUGUCCAUACACUUGAGACCUCGGGUCAGCAUCUUGUCUGCUUCGCCGGGGGGAUGUUCACCGUUGGCGGCAAGCUCUUCAAGGACGCGGAGCAUCUCAUUGCUGGCCAGAAACUAACGGAAGGAUGCAUCUGGGCCUACAAUGCAACGAAAUCUGGUAUCAUGCCAGAGACAUUCACCAUGGCCGCGUGUCGCGAUGCAGAUGAUUGUACAUGGAGCGAGCAGGAAUGGCAGAGAGGCGUGCUGAAAGAGGCUGGACAGAACCAAGCAGACCUUUUCAAGGCUGAAGACAUCAUCACCGAGGAAGCCUUGCCGCCAGGGUUUACCCGCGUCGGUGACUCGCGGUAUAUCCUGCGGCCUGAGGCGAUAGAGAGCGUCUUCAUCCUCUACCGUGCCACGGCGCGCAAGGACCUGCUCGACACGGCGUGGCAGAUGUUUGAGGCCAUCGAGGAGCACACGAGUACUGCCAUGGGCAAUGCCGCGAUCGCCGACGUGAUGCUCAGGGACGGCACGACGGCGAAGCUCGACUCGAUGGAGAGUUUCUGGUUGGGCGAGACACUGAAGUAUUUCUACCUCAUCUUCAGUGAGCCCUCACUGAUCUCGCUGGAUGAGUACGUGUUCAACACAGAGGCGCACCCGUUCCGGAGACUGUUGCGGUGAGCUGCACAGCUGCGCAGCUGCAUUCGAAGGGGAGAUUGGUAUCUGUGCGUAUGUAUUUUGUCGUUUACAGUCUUGACAGGAUUUCUGUCUUUAAAACGUAUUAUUAUGGAUCCAACCACCAUUCGAUCUUGUGAAAGGAUGGUCUGGCCAAGGUCGUGAACGGGGAUCGUCUGGCACCCGUGGCAGUGCCAGCGUGUCCAGCUGUCCCCAAGGGGGCAAGUCCAACCACAAGUGCGCCGCAAACAGCUCAAGCCAGAAAUCCACAAGUGGACUUUGGGGUGGAGUUCACGGCGCU